AUGGCCUACGAACAUCCAGCACUUGAGGGCUGCACUAACCAACUGGCCGAUACGGAGGCCGCUUUGUACGGCGCUGUAGCAACACUCCGUGAGAUGAGAAUUAGACCAUCGGCGUUGGUCGAAGCUUCCGCCAAAGCAGAAGGGCAAAGGCAGAAGUCGGGACGCAUGGAGGAAUGGGCCCAGUACCCUUUACAAGAUUGGACCGGUAUAGAGCAUUGGAUGGCCGCGGUUUCUGACCAGUUCACGGUCGAAAGACAACCUAUUGACCCGAUCGGGGAACCUCAUGGGCAAAUGGAUCAGUUUGUUGCCUCCCGGAAUAGCAGCAUAGCUCGGAGUGCUGCAGACACGGAGUCGGCUUACACCGGGCAACUCCCGGGUGACAAUGAUAUCCACAUUCGCCCGGAGAGGAUGAACUUGCCGGGAGCUUCACAGCAUACCAGCAUGGUGGGGUCUGACGGUGUGGCGGCUAGCGGGAGUGUAGGGCACACCGGCAUGGUGGGGGCUAACCGUGGUGAUCAAGCCAAAGUGACAGAGCGGUCCAGGGCAGCGGAGCUGUCGACAAGUAAAUCCGAUAUAUAUUUUUGA